GGUGGUGAAGUUCCGGCGCACGGGGGAGAGCUCGAGGUCAGAUGAAGAUGUCAUUUCUGGAGAGCACCAGGUGCACAUCGAGGGUGUGCAGACAGAGCUAGAGCCUGUGGAGCUGGAGGAUGGAGCUGCAGUGCCAAAAGAGUUUGCCAACCCCACCGACGAUACUUUCAUGGUGGAAGAUGCGGUGGAAGCCAUUGGAUUUGGCAAGUUCCAGUGGAAGCUCUCUGUUAUUACUGGAUUAGCAUGGAUGGCAGAUGCUAUGGAAAUGAUGAUUUUAAGUAUCCUAGCUCCUCAGCUUCAUUGUGAGUGGCGAUUACCAAGCUGGCAGGUUGCAUUGCUCACAUCGGUGGUGUUUGUGGGAAUGAUGUCCAGCUCCACCCUCUGGGGGAACAUUUCAGACCAGUAUGGGAGAAAAACAGGCCUCAAAAUCAGCGUGUUGUGGACACUCUACUAUGGGAUCCUCAGUGGCUUUGCACCUGUCUAUAGCUGGAUCUUGGUGCUGAGGGGCCUGGUGGGCUUUGGCAUUGGAGGAGUGCCUCAGUCGGUAACCUUAUAUGCUGAAUUCCUUCCAAUGAAAGCCAGAGCAAAAUGCAUUUUAUUAAUAGAGGUCUUCUGGGCUGUUGGGACAGUGUUUGAGGUCCUCCUGGCAGUGCUGGUGAUGCCCACGCUUGGCUGGCGGUGGCUCCUUGUGCUCUCUGCCCUCCCUCUCCUGCUCUUUGCCCUCCUGUGUUUUUGGCUGCCAGAAAGUGCCAGGUAUGAUGUGUUAUCUGGAAAUCAAGACAAAGCAAUCGCCACUUUGAAGAGGAUAGCAACAGAAAAUGGAGCUCCAAUGCCCUUGGGAAAACUAAUUAUUUCCAGGCAGGAAGACAGAGGGAAAAUGAGGGACCUUUUUACACCCCAUUUCAGAUGGACCACGUUGUUACUCUGGUUUAUAUGGUUUUCCAAUGCUUUUUCAUAUUAUGGGUUAGUUUUAUUAACUACAGAGUUCUUUCAAGCAGGAGAUGUCUGCAGCAUAUCCAGUAGAAGGGAAGAAGUUAAAGCAAAAUGCAGCCUGACCUGUGAGUAUCUGACUGAGGAAGACUACACUGAUCUGCUGUGGACAACCCUGUCUGAAUUCCCUGGGGUGCUGGUAACGCUGUGGAUUAUCGACCGCAUAGGCCGCAAGAAAACCAUGGCCCUGUCCUUCCUGGUCUUCUCCUUCUGCAGCCUGCUGCUGUUUCUCUGCGUUGGAAGAAAUGUUCUUACUGUGCUGCUCUUCAUUGCAAGAGCUUUUAUUUCAGGAGGAUUUCAGGCUGCUUAUGUUUACACUCCUGAGGUUUAUCCAACAGCCACACGUGCUUUGGGCCUGGGGACCUGCAGUGGAAUGGCCCGAGUGGGAGCCCUCAUAACUCCCUUCAUUGCACAGGUGAUGUUGGAAUCUUCAGUCUACCUGACACUGGUGGUUUACAGUGGCUGUUGCCUGCUGGCUGCUCUGGCUUCCUGCUUCCUGCCCAUUGAAACAAAAGGUCGUGGCUUACAGGAGUCCAGCCACAAGGAGUGGGGACAGGAGAUGGUUGGGAGAGGAUCCCAUUCCCCAGGAGUCACCAGGUCAAACUCUGGCUCACAGGAAUGACGGGACACGAAAACCCGCUGAAAGAAGGGAUGAGACAAAGGCUUUUUUCUUCUUCUUUUCACAAAAAAAACAUGCAGCCCUGAAGCAUAGAAAGCUGACCACCCUCUCACUGCCAGCAUCAUGUGUCAAACUGCAGGAACUUCUGGGCUGAGCCUAAGCAAACUGUGUCUCUGCUGCUCUUUGCUCCCACUCAUCCAAACUUUUGUGUCCAGAGGCGUUUGAUCCAGAUCUCAUCUGAGGUUUAGCAGGAAGGGUUUGUCUUAACUCUGUCGUGCUUGCAUGGUCAGCUCUUCAGCUUAAAAUGUCCCCUGUCAAGCAAAUAGCUACCUGAAUGC